AUGUUUUGGCCCUUCGGUUGGGCCUUCCUAUCGGCGGCCUAUCGUCUGGCGUUACCGGUGAACGAAGUUGUUAAGAAUACUUUAUUUUUUGCAUUGUUGGGCAUACUGGUGCAUAGCGCAGGCUGUGUCCUAAAUGACAUGCUUGACCGCGAUCUCGAUCGCAAGGUUGAACGCUCACAGGGCCGACCGAUUGCAUCAGGAGUUGUCACUAGGACAGAGGCUUCAGCACUUCUGGUUGUUCAACUCGUUGCCGCCCUCUUCUACUUGUUUUCAACUUACUAUCCCCGUUUGUAUCGCGACGUAUCCGUUGAUGAAGCGUUGGAUGAACUGGCCUUCUUUGUUCCUCGGUAUGACUUUCCAUUGCAUGGAAAAGUAUUCCAUCAUAUCUUGUUCCAAGGCUUUUCUUCUAGCUGGGCUGUCCCAGGAACGUGGGUUGCAACGACUGACCAUUAUGAUUGGGGUAUAAUCCUGAACAUAGCAAUUGCACCGUGCUGUUGGAAUUGCAUCUACGACACCAUUUACGCAUGCCAGGACAAGAAGGACGACGAGAAGGCCGGCGUCAAGUCCAUGGCAGUCGAUUUGGGCAAAGCCAUUCGUCCUGUAUUGACAUUAUUUGAUACGACCUUCUUUGUGUGUCUUUUGUGGGCUGGUUACUUGAACGACCAGGGCCUUCCGUUCUAUAUGAUGAGUGCCCUUGCCCCGUUCCUCCUGUGUCUCUGGCACAUAUUGUCCUUUGAUCAUAAUGAUCCCAGAGACUGCUGGAAAAAUUUCACAGUAGGUCGCCACGGCGGGACGAUGGUCUGCGUUGGAUUGAUCGUCGAUCACUGCUUCAAACUCUCGUCCUCCGCCGGUUGA